GGGCUGUUACCUCAUUGCAAAACAAAGGUAUCACGAGUACCUAUGAGAAUCAAGCGCUCAAUAAAUGUGAGUUACAGCAAUUAUGUUUACUAGUUCUUUUUCAAGAUUUUCAAGCACCUUUCCACUUUCCCAUCCUCCUCUCUCUCCACUUGAGCUGCUGUCCACACCUGCCACGUGGGACUCACCCUAGACCCACCCAUACCUCCUUCCUAAAUCCUGAUUUUAAAAUGACAUAUCCUCUUUCAAUUAGGAAGUUAACCAACCAAAAAAACAAAAACCUCACUGUACAUCUCGGGCUUGGAGUUAUGCAAAAAUACUCGUAUGAAUUAAGAGCGAUCACCCCAAGUGACUCUAUAGCGUCCUUUCGCUGCAGACCACUCCUGCGGUCCCCGCCCCGGCCGGGCCCGCACCGGGAUCCCCGGGGCCCGUGCUCGGCCGCUUCCGGUGGGGCCUGCGCUCUGGGCGGCGGCUCGCGCGCUCAUCUCGCCGGGCGGCCUCAUGCAGGCUGAGCGCGGGGCUCGGGGUGGCCGCGGGCGGCGGGGCGGUCGGGACCGGCCCGGAGGGGACCGAGAGCGGGCCGGAGCCGCGGCGGCGCUGGCGAGAGGAGGCGGCGGGGACGGAGGCGGCCGGCGGGGUCGAGGCCGGGGCUUCCGCGGAGGCCGAGGAGGCGGCGCCCCGCGAGGCGGCCGCCGGGAGCCUGGAGGCCGAGGCGGCGGAGCUGGCACACGGGUGGAAGAUGACAGUGAUUCAGAGACCCAUGGAGAAGAGAAUGAUGAGCAAGGACAUUUUUCUAGAAGAAAGAUUGUCUCUAACUGGGAUCGAUAUCAAGAUACUAAAAAAGAAGUCAAUGAUGAAAGUGGAGAAUCACAGCGGGGGACGGACUUUAGUGUCCUCCUGAGCUCUGCAGGGGACUCCUUCUCACAGUUCCGAUUUGCUGAGGAGAAAGAAUGGGAUGGUGAAACUUCAUGUCCAAAGCAGAAUUCAGCACUCUAUGUGGAUAGUGAGUCACUGGUUCGAGCCCUUCAACAGCUGCCCCUCUCAGUCCGGCUUAACGUUGCUGCGGACUUGAUCCAGACCACAAUUCCUUUGGAACUUCCACAGGUGAAACCAAGGAGAAAUGAUGACGGCAAGGAGCUGGGCAUGCAGUUAAGGGGGCCCAUCUCCGAGCUCAGAUCUGCUGUGGGUAGUUGUCCCAGGUCUCUGGGCAAAGACAGUUUAAGACCAAACCCUCUAGAGGGUUUGCAGAAAGCCCCCUUCCCACCACAGUCCGUGGCAGACCAUCUGGAAGAUGAACUGGACAUGCUGCUGCAUUUAGAUGCACCUGUGAAGGAGGAGGACCGAAUCUGUCCGGACCAGACGUCUCAGGACCAGGAACCAGAAAGAGAGGAGCAGGUGGCCCAGGAGGAAACAGUUCCUGAAAAACCAUCUAUGACCGGAGAGAAAAAUGUGGAACCUGAACAUAUGAGCACAUCCAAAAAUGUCACUGAGGAAGAGCUGGAAGACUGGCUGGACAGCAUGAUUUCCUGAGGAGGGGGACUGGGGGGGAAUGUGCCUGAAGCAAACUAAGUAAGGGUGGGCUAGUUUACCAGAAUACCCCAUGCUAACAUGUACUGUUACGCUUGCAGCAGUCAAUGCCUACCUCUGCUUUUGAUGGCAUCUGAAUACAUGUAUGAGGCUUG